UUGGACCGCGCCACUUCUACCUCUCCUUCAAAAUAUCCAGCAACCAAACGAGGGCGCCUUGUUGUUGCUUGGGAACCCUCCGUCAUUUCAAGAAAUGGCCGCACGGCUCCACGGCCACGCCAGCGAGCUGCCGUCCCUCCCGCUCCGGCUCUCCGCAUCACGCAGCUGCCUCCUCGGGGCGGCGAAUCGGCCGCCAUCCGCCCUCCGGCUGCGACCCAAAUCGUGCCGCCCUGCUCGAGUUAUGGCGGCAGCGGCGUCGGCGACCGCGGAGGAGGGGCUUAAAAAGGGAAUCGCCGAGUUCUACGACCAGUCAUCGGGGCUGUGGGAGGACAUUUGGGGCGACCACAUGCACCACGGCUUCUAUGACCCGGGAGUUACCGCGUCCAUCGACGAUCACCGCGCCGCCCAGAUCCGCAUGGUCGAGGAGGCCCUACGAUUCUCCGGAGUCUCAGAAGAUGAUCCUUCAAAAAAACCGAAGAAGGUAGUGGAUGUUGGCUGUGGCAUUGGAGGCAGCUCCAGAUAUCUGGCAAAGAAGUUUGAUGCUCAAUGCCAGGGUAUUACUUUGAGCCCUGUCCAAGCACAGAGAGCACAUAAUCUUGCUGUUGUUGAGGGGCUGGCAGACAGGGUAACUUUCCAAGUUGCAGAUGCUUUGGAGCAACCUUUUUCUGAUGGGCAGUUCGACCUGGUUUGGUCCAUGGAAAGCGGAGAGCAUAUGCCGGAUAAGAAAAAGUUUGUAGGUGAAUUGGCACGUGUUGCAGCACCUGGAGCCACGAUCAUUAUUGUGACAUGGUGUCACAGAGAUCUCCUGCCAUCUGAGGACACUCUGCUGCCUGAAGAAUUGAAUCUCUUGAACAAGAUAUGUGAUGCCUAUUACUUGCCAUCCUGGUGUUCAGCUGCAGACUACAUUGAAAUAGCUCAAUCCUUAUCGCUGGAGAACAUUAAGACAGCUGAUUGGUCGGAGAAUGUCGCACCAUUUUGGCCUGCUGUCAUCCGAUCUGCCUUGACGUGGCGGGGCUUUACAUCUCUGUUGCAAAGUGGAUGGAAGACGAUAAAGGGAGCACUAGCGAUGCCCCUGAUGAUCAAAGGCUACAACAAGAAGCUAAUUAAAUUUGCCAUCAUUACGUGCCGUAAACCAGAAUAAGUAUGGUAGAUCAUAAAGAAUAAGCAGGUUAUGUUUUCUGAUACAGAGGAUAGCUGUUGAUCAGAUAUAGCACAUUUCAUCUAAAUUUGCUUUUUCCACGGACCUUAUAAUUUUAAUGUGAGAUGUUGAGCUCUUAUUUAUACAUGUAGACCGAGUGGAAAGUCCAACAUGAAUGUGGUCAAAGGAGGCAUCAUUUACUUGCA